AUGAUAAAUUUAUCGGAAAGGGAACGAGAACUAAUAGAGCAAAUAUGUUCAAAAAAUAAUAAAUCAAACAAAACUGGUAAGCAAGUACUUAGCUAAUAAAAAUUAAUGAGUUAAUCAAGUACAAAGCUAUUAGCAACUCGUUUGGAGUAAAAAUUAAAUGAAAUAAUGCAAGAGGUAGAUGAGAAAAACGAGGGUUAAGUGAAUAUUUAAUAAAUGGGAAGGAUAUUUACAAUGUUAGAUAUAUUCCAAGCAAUAUCAUACGAUUAAAAUUAUGAAAUGGAAGUUUAGGGACUCAACAGUCAAUCAUAAAGGCAAUUAGAAAUUGAUUUACAUGAGAAGGCAUUUGCUAUAGUAUCACAGGGAGAGGAAUACGCGGAUAUUCAAGCAGCCUUUUGUUUUUUUAGAAUCAUCCAAGACCCAAACAAUUUGGAGCCAGCAAAGUCAGCAUCUCUAAUGAUAGACUACUUGGAGAAGAUUUUGGAAAAACAAGUUGAUCACGAAUCUAUUUUGAGAUUUUGCUAGGAAUUUUAGCUGUAUCAAAAAACAAGACUAUCAGGAGCUAAAACAGGCUAUUUAAAAGCUAAUCUAGCAUAGAAUCUAAUAGAUACAUACGAGAAAACACAUACAUUCAAGCCAAGUAUCAACCCAAUUAGUGAAGCAUUGUUACGGGAGUCAUGCAAAAGGGAAAAUCAAGAAUCUUAGCAUUCAUAAAGAUCAACAGAUAGUAAAGUGACUUAACUCUAUAGAAAGAAAUAAUAAUCGAAUUAAAAAAUAAAUUAGCUCAAAUUAGAGUAGGAAACUGAGGAAAUGAAAUAAUGCACUUUCAAACCAUAAAUAAUAUCUAGGAAGGAAUUGCCUAAUGUGGUUGAUAGGUUGUAUAAAGUGAAGACAAGAUAGGAGGUGGAAGAAUAGAUUAAAUAAAAUGAAAUUGAGAAGUAAGACUAGGAGUUUAGUAAAUGCUCAUUUUAACCUUAAAUAAAUGGGUGUAUGCCUGAUAUGGAGCAGGUUGGAGUCAAUGGGUAUGGUUAGGCAGUUGAGAGAUUGAGAAGAGCAAAUGAUCAAAGGCAUUUGAGAGAAAUUGAAUUAAACCAUAAGCCAAGUGGGGAGAAAUAUGAAAAAGUGAAAAGGAUGGCUUUUAUUCCACCAGACAUGUUACAGAGAGGCAAGGUUUAGAAGGAAAUUCCAAUUCUUUAUAUUGACAUCAAGAUUGGUCCUAGUAAGGUUGGGAGGUUGGCAUUGAGAAGGAGUGACAAUGUGGAAGAAGUAGUGAAGUCAUUUUGUAAAGUGUGGGGAGUGGCAUUAUAAGAUUAUGACUUAUUGGUGAAUUAAGUUAAGGAGAACUUGAGAAAUGUAAUGUCAGAAACGGAGGCGGAGGAUUAGUGA